AGUCAAAUCAGUGACUAAGAUUUAACAACUUUAGUUUUGUGACGGUUACGAUUAUAAACGAUAUGUACAAACAACUAAUACGAGUUCAAUCGCAAACGUCUUUAAUCGGUUAAGAAUUAUAAUUAUUUAACGACCCAUCACUAGUUCUCCUUGCUCGCGGCAGCAUUGGGAGGAAAAAAACCGAUCCUGGCGUCGAAAGUUUAAAUUUCCAGGUUGAUUUGCUACAGUACAUAAGUACUGUAACGACUUGGCGCGGACAAGGACUGCUGGAGGAGACGAAAAUGAUGCAUCAGCAACCCAUGAUGGUUGGAGAAAUGAUACCCGUUCAUUCUGACAUACCUGUGCAUACUGAGGACAUGAAUAAUGUGGGCUAUGAUAAUAGUGGCUCCUAUGCAUACGACGAUUUAUUUCCUGCUCUACCCCACUCUCAACCUCCUGUACAACGUAAUAUACAACAAGUCACUAAUAAGUUGCGAGUUGGAUCAUCUUUACAUACUCAGGUGUUCCAUGUGCCAUAUGAAGAAAGGAAAUUGGAUAAUGCCAAUACAUUCGGAGAGGGCGAGUCUUUAAGAACUUGCCAGGCGAUCGCUAAAGAAACUGGGGCACAUAUAGAAAUUACUACCAGUAAGGAUGGAAGUCUUACUUUUUUAAUUACUGGUAAAAACAGUACAGUUCUGGAUGCAAGACGUCAAAUUUUGACUCAUUUCCAACAACAGGCUAGCAAACAAAUAUCUAUCCCGAAGGAACACUAUCGCUGGAUUCUUGGUAAACAAGGUCAGAAAUUACGUGAUUUGGAAAAACUUACUGCAACCAAGAUAAGUGUUCCUAGCAUAUCUGAUAAUAGCGAGAUAAUUACUAUUACUGGCACUAAAGAGGGGAUUGAGAAGGCUGAACACGAAAUAAGAGUUUGCUCGGAAGAACAGUCACGUAAGGCGUUAGAACGUAUAUCCAUACCGAAGAUAUAUCAUCCAUUCAUCCAAGGUCCAUUUGGAGAGCGCGCACAAGCCCUUAGCGCAGAAACUGGAGCCCGUAUACAUAUUCCACCUGCUUCUACUCAGAGUGACGAAAUUGUCAUUGCAGGAGAAAAGAAUGGAGUUCUUGCUGCAAAGGCACAGAUAGAGCAAAUUUAUCAGGAAAUGGUAAACAAGUGCUCAACUGUGCGAGUAGAGGUUCCAAAAUCGCAGCACAAGUAUGUUAUUGGUGCUAGAGGAACAACUAUUCAAGAGAUUCUAAAAGAAACUGGUGUAUCUGUUGAAAUGCCUCCUCCUGAUUCGCCUACUGGAACAAUCACAUUACAUGGACCCCAUAAUAAGAUUGGCAUGGCACUGUCAAUGGUGUGUGACAAAGCCAAUUCAGUAAAAACUGCAACAGUUGAUGCACCAACAUGGAUUCAUAAGUACAUAAUUGGCAAGAAUGGUUCCAACAUUAAAAAGAUUACUCAGGAUCUUUCAAAGGUGCAUAUAGACAUAACACAUUCAGAAGAUAAAGUUAAAAUUGAUGGACCUCCAGAGGAAGUGGAGCGAGCCCAAGUAGAAUUAGAUGAAUUUGUCAAAAAUUUGCUUGCUACUCUUACAUAUGUCGAACUUACUGUUGACCCGAAAUUUUUCAAACACAUCAUUGGUAAAAAUGGAACUAACAUUAAUAGACUGAAGGAUGAGACUGGUGUAGUUAUUAAUAUUAUUGAAAAUGAAGGCAAUAACAUUAUUCGUAUUGAAGGCAGCCACAAGGGUGUAGCCGAUGCUGAGAGGGAACUUAGGGAAAUGGUUAUGAAAUUGGAAAAUGAAAGAAUGAAGGAGGUAUAUGUUGAUCACAGAUAUAUAAAGUCUCUGAUAGGUGUUAGAGGCGAUAAGAUUAAGGAAAUUCGCGAAAAAUUUGAACGUGUCCUUAUCACACUACCAGAUCAGGGACAGAAAAGAAGCCCUAUAAAAUUGAGAGGACCGCAGGAGGACAUUGAAAAAUGUGAAAAGUACUUACAUAAAGUUAUAAAAGAAAUUGCAGAAUCAUCUUAUGUACAGGAAGUACCUAUUUUUAAGCAAUUUCAUAAAUUCAUUAUUGGUAAAGGUGGUGCAAAUUUGAGGAAAAUUCGAGAUGAAACACAAACUGUUAUUGAUCUUCCUGCAGAGGGUGAUGAUAGUGAUGUUAUCACAGUGCGAGGAAAACGCGAUAACGUGGAAGAAGCUGUCCGCAGAAUUCAACAGAUACACAAUGAGAAGGCCAAUAUAGUUACUGAAGAGGUAACAAUUCCACCUAAGUAUUACAAUUCUUUAAUCGGAGCUGGUGGAAAACUGAUCCAUUCCAUAAUGGAGGAGUGUGGAGGAGUAUUGAUUAAGUUUCCACCAGCAGACAGUGAUAGUGACAAGGUUGUAAUCAAAGGACCCAUCGAGGAUGUAGAAAAAGCGAAGCAGCAGCUCCUGGCGCAUGCUUCAGAGCGUGAAUUGACAUCUCAUACAGCUACUGUACGUGCUAAACCUGAACAUCACAAAUUUCUAAUUGGUAAGAAUGGUGCCAACAUUAAAAAGAUUCGAGAGCAGACAGGUGCGAGAAUAGUGUUUCCUACUGAAAAAGAUGAGGAUAAAGAAGCAAUUUUCAUUAUCGGACGCGAGGAGCAAGUAGAGGCAGCUCGGAAACAACUCGAAACUGCAGUAGCGGAAAUCAGCAAUGUGUCUGAAGGUGAGAUGGCGGUUCCUCCACGUCACCAUCGGCACUUCGUGGCCAGACGGGGUGAAGUUUUGCGUCGAAUCGCAGAUGACUGUGGAGGUGUACAGAUUUCCUUCCCGCGUCAAGGCGUCAAUAGUGACAGAGUCGUUCUAAAAGGACCAAAAGAAUGUAUUGAAGCUGCUAAAGCCCGUAUAAACGAAAUCAUUGAGGAUUUGGAGGCGAAGGUCACCAUUGAAUGUGUGAUACAGCAAAAGCACCAUCGUACUGUAAUGGGUGCCCGAGGUGCCAAAGUGAAGGACAUAACUGCAGAGUUUGAUGUUCAAAUUAAGUUCCCAGAACGUGAUAACACUGAGGGUGCCGAAAUACCUGUGAAGAAUGAAGAUAGCUCUGAACCUGGUUUGAACGAUAUUAUAAAAAUAACAGGUCGUCCCGAAAACUGUGAAGCUGCAAAAAAAGCACUUUUGGAACAGGUGCCAAUAACAAUAGAUGUUGAGGUACCUUUUGAUCUUCACCGAUUGCUUGCUGGACAAAAGAGAAGGGAGUUGAUGCAAACAUAUGAUGUUCACAUCCUCAUGCCACCGAGUGAAGAAAGCAGUGAUGUGGUUAAGGUAACGGGCACUCCUGCAAAUGUGGAAAAAGCCAAACAAGCACUUGCCGAAAAGAUUGUUGAGAUGGAAAAAGAGAAAGAAGAUCGUUUUCUCAGAUCAUUUGAGCUGAAAUUCAAAGUUGAUCCUGAGUAUCAUCCAUUAGUCAUUGGAAAGGGUGGCUCAGUGAUAACAAAGAUUCGCACUGAUUACGGAGUACAAAUAAACUUGCCUAAACGGGGAGAACCUGAUGAUGAUAUUAUUACUAUUCAAGGAUAUGAAGACAAAGCAUUGCAAGCUAAAGAAGCCAUUAUGGCUAUUGUCGAUCAACUUAAUAACCAGUUUCGGGAUGAAGUUGACAUUGAUCCACGUGUACAUAGAAGGCUUAUUGGCCUUAGAGGCAAGAAUAUCAGACGUAUUAUGGAUGAGUACAAAGUUGACAUCCGUUUUCCUAAAAAUGGCGAUGAUAGCAUUGUCGUCAUUACUGGAGAUGAAGAUAAUGUGUUAGAUGCCAAGGACCACUUAUUAAAUUUGGCAGAGGAAUAUCUACAAGACGUCGUGGACCGAUACCAGCGCCCUGCUGCGCCGUCUCUUGGUGACUUCGGCGAUGUUCUCAGCGGAGAAAAUACCGCCCCCAGCAGUGGGACUCCGGCAUCUACCGGCUUCGUGGUGAAGGGCGGACCGUGGGAGCAACGUGCACCCGAUACAGCCUCAACGCACGAGUUCCCAACCAUGCCUGGAGCACCCGCCCCUGCUCCGACAUCAGCGCACGCCCCUGCCGCUUGGGGACCGAGACGCUAAACGUGCAAGGCGUGAAUAAUGCAGUGCAGUUUAUAAGUAGUGAUUACAUAAUUAUUUGAUACUUGUCUUACUUGCUUGAAUAGCAAAUGCUUCUGUUAAUUCUGUUUUGUAAGUAUCUAGGACACACAAUAGUAAUACACAACUUAUAACCUAAGAUUUAAUGAGUAAUUAAAACAGUUUUGGUUAUGACUACCUAUUUUAAAUCUAAUAUACUAUUUUGUUUACUGCUUGCUUGCUUCUUGUAACCGAUUUUUAUCAAAUUAGAAUAACCAUUUAAAAUAUUCUUUAUCAAGUUAUUUUACCAAUUAUUAUAUCGAAAGUGAACACACUACUUAUAAACUAUCCUGCAUAAAAUCAUCAUGGUUGUCACGAGUGAACAUAAUAUAAUAUACAUCAUAUGAAUUUGGUUUAUGUAGAAUAUUGCUCUCAUCUACUGUUUCAUGUAAUUUGUUAUUUUUUUUAUAUUUAGUUAUGGACGCCAUUCACUACAAUUAGUAUACACAUACAAGCAAUUAUAUUUACAACUCGUGAUAUCAUACUCCAUGAGGACGGGUAAUAUACAUAAUAAUAUGCAUAUUACAGUAAUUUAAUAUGCAUAAUAUGCUUUACACGCUAAAUCCAUAUUAUAUAGACCAUUACUUGAACAUAAUAUUUAAGUUUAGAAUUAAAGCAGUUAUGUUCACCUUAACCAUGUUCAGACUGUCUCAUUCGGCCUAAAGUUCCUUUUUGAAGUUAAUUACAGAACUUCAAGGAAAAUAUCAUUCCGUGCUAUAGUCGAAUUUUAAUAAAACGAUGAAUUAGAUUUUGAUUAACAUACAGAGAAAUCAAACUUUGUCUCCAGUGAAACUAGAAACGAAGCAAUUUAUUACCUUUUAAUAAUUUGUAAAUCCAAUAUAUUUAUGCCAUGUAAUAAACUUAUAUUGACUUUUACUUGUAAGUAUAAAUUUUAAAAUGCCAUUGAUUUUGUUGAUAAUUUACAUUCGAAAACAUAUUUUAUUUUAUUAUUUAGGAUUAUAUUAUUAUUUUGUAUAUUGUUAUCCAUAAAAAAUGCAUAAAUACAAUGUUCUGUGUACUUAUUCAUUUAAAUGGUGAUGAAAUGCUAAGUUAUUUCUUCAUAAUAUUUUUUUAUUAUUUCAUAAAUAGAAAAUUUAUAUUAUCGUUUUAAGUGUCGCAUAUAACAAUAAAUAAAUCAUUAAAUAAUAAGACGAGAAUAGAUAUUUUUACAAAGUAAUUUGUAUAUAGCAAAUUGUGUUUCAAAUAUUAAAACCUUUUAC